UUCCACGCUCCUUCCCUCUCUUCCUCCUCUUUAAGUUUCCUUCAUUUUUGUCUUCGUCCUCUCUCUCUUUCCCGGUCAACCUCAUGCCCGCCUUUCUCUGUCCCAUGUUAAUCCAACACCAUUCUCUCCUCCCUCAGUAUGCUAGCCUGAUCCAUCCCCAUCUCUGAAUGUCUUGAUGAGACUCCCAUCCUUCACAUUCAGCUCACCUCCCUCUUUUUUCCCCCAAUGCCGUCUUUCCUUUCCGUCAAUCAUUCUAUGUAUAAACCUUUCCUACUUCUCAUUUGCACUCGCUAGGUUUCCACUUUUCAUACCCUUGCAUGCUCUGCUAAACUACGCUUCCAUUUUUUCAACUUCAACUCCAUGCCCUGAUACUCCAUUUCAAUCCCAUUACUGACCAGGUGGCAACGGUUGAGAAAAGUAGACUCCCGAAGCAAUUAAAGCACUCCCACUUUUUAUAUUCCUCUUACGGUUCCCUUUCACCGUAUAGGCUGGGACGACAACAGUAGCUUCAUUCAAAGCUUUUCUAGUCAUAAAAGCCCUAGCCUUUGUCAAUCUGCCCCGUUGUCGAUCAGAAUGUGGAUGGUGGGACAUAACGAUGGUGGUGAGGUCAAUACGGUUGAUCACCCAUUCAAUGGAAGGAUGCUCAGGACUCUCAUUCCAAGGCCGGUGACUUCUUCCAAUAAUACUUCAACUACAACUCCUCCUUGCCUAAGAAGUAUUCACGGCUCCGAUUUGUUUACACAAUAUCAUCAUCUGACAUCGACGACGGAUCAGAGUGAGAGAGAGUUCAAUGCUCCACCAGUUAUGGUGAGCUCGAGGUGGAAUCCUACACCAGAGCAGCUAAGAGCCCUCGAAGAAUUGUAUCGGCGAGGAACAAGAACACCAUCGGCUGAGGAAAUCCAACAUAUCACUGCACAGCUGAGGAGAUUCGGUAAAAUUGAAGGGAAGAAUGUUUUCUAUUGGUUUCAGAAUCACAAAGCCAGAGAAAGACAGAAACGGCGCCGUCAGAUGGAAUCAGCUCCCUGUGACUUUGAUAGUCUAGAGAAAGAAGACUUGGGCGUAAGUAAGACAGUGUUUGAAGUUGAACGGACCAAGAACUGGGCACCCUCUACAAAAUGCAGUACAGUUGCAGAGGAAUCUGUUUCCAUACCCAGAGCAACAAAAGCAGCGGUGGCUGAGCGAAGAACAGAAGGAUGGAUCCAAUUCGAUGAAGGGGAGUUACAGCAAGGAAGAAACUUAAUGGAAAGGAAUGCCACGUGGCAGAUGAUGCAGCCAUCACGUCCUCCUCCCCCUCCUGCCGCUUCCACCCACCUCAUAAACACCUCUACAGCUAGUUUAAUUGCUUCCACAAGCACGGUAGCAAUUGACUCAAAGCUCAUUAAGGCACAUGAUCUCAGCUUCUUUAUAUCGCCUCACAGUGAAAGCACUGUGAUCCACUUUAACAGUAUCAGAGACCAGUUUGAUAACUCUGGGGAACCUCAAACCCUUGAACUUUUCCCUCUAAGGAGUGGGGAUGGCAGUGAUAACGUCAACCAUAAAGAGAGUGAGAUUUCAGUUUCUGCAAUGAAUGCCAACUUGACCCCAAGCCAGUUCUUUGAGUUCCUUCCGUUGAAGAACUAACGAACACUAUGCUAUGUAAGCAAACCGACGGGGUUGUGAUGUUACCCAUAUUGUCUGUAAUUUUUGUCAGAAAGUGACCGUGCUUUUAUUACCCAGUGAUGCUAGCUAUGUAGGAUUCUGGUUUAAG